CGGCGAGGAAUGAGCGCGUAGGUCGCCCGCGUGCCACGUAAUGUGCCAGUUAUGUACCGUCUCAUAAAAACUAACUCUAUUAUUUACGAGGAUACAGUGUUUUUAACCUGAAAACUGUGCUUCCCUUUUCCACAUAAAAAUCACCUCGGUCCGGUGGGCACGAUGUUCCGCAGCGAGGAGAUGGUGCUGUGCCAGCUGUUCGUGCAGCCCGAGGCCGCCUACGUCUCCAUGUACGAGCUGGGCGAGGCCGGCAUCGCUCAGUUCAGAGAUUUAAAUCCUCAUGUGAACGACUUCCAACGCCGCUACGUGACGGAAGUGCGGCGCUGCAGUGAGAUGGAACGCAAGCUGCGGUACGUGACCGGCGAGCUGCCCGAGCCGCCUCCUCCGCCGAAGCCUUCGCCGAGGGUGCUCACUCCCAGGGAAAUCAAUAUACUAGAGGAACGAAUAGACUACAUAGAAUCUGAGAUACAAGAGAUAACCAAAAACGCACAGAACUUGAAGACCGAUUACCUCGCACUCAUCGAGCUUAAAAUCCUCAUAGAGAAGACACAGACCUUCUUCCAAGACCACAGCGCCCACAGAAAGAUCUCAGCAUCUGUCCAGAUUUAUAACAACGAGGGUGCGAUUGGGCAUCUUGGUUUCAUCGCUGGUGUGGUGGCAACUCCAAGGGUUCCCUCGUUUGAGAGAAUGCUGUGGAGAAUUUCUCAUGGCAAUAUAUUCUUCAAACAAGCGCAAAUUGAAGAACCCUUGAAAGAUCCCGUGACUGGGCAUGAACUACAGAAGACGGUGUUUGUGGUGUUCUUCCACGGGGAGCAAAUAAAGCUGAGGGUAAAGAAGGUGUGCCACGGGUUCCAGGCAACCCCUUACCCCUGCCCGGCCACUUACAAGGAACAACAGGAAAUGCUCGCCGGUAUAGAGACGAGGAUCAAGGAUCUGGAAAUGGUACUAGAACAAACAGAAAACCACCGAAGACUGGUCCUCACCAACAUAGCGCGCGAUAUCAGCACAUGGAUGGUGGUGGUGCGGAAGGAGAAGGCCAUCUACCACACGCUCAACAUGUUCAGCAUGGACAUCGUGAAGAAGUGCCUCAUCGCUGAAUGUUGGGUGCCGCGCCAGGACCUGCACAUACUGCAGACUGCGCUGGACAAUGGGGUGAAAGCCAGCGGCAGUCCUAUCCCGUCGUUCCUGCACUAUGUGCCGACGCGAGAGACUCCGCCUACCUUCAACCGCACCAACAAGUUCACCCAGGGUUUCCAGACGCUCAUUGAUUCCUAUGGAAUCGCUAGCUAUAGAGAAGUUAACCCAGCACUGUACACAAUCAUAACAUUCCCAUUCCUCUUCGCGGUAAUGUUCGGCGACAUGGGCCACGGCAUCAUAAUGACAGCUUUCGCCGCCAUUUUGGUGAUCUUCGAAAAGAAGUUCUCCAAAAACAAAACGGACAAUGAAAUUUGGAACAUAUUCUUCGGAGGGAGAUAUAUCAUACUUCUUAUGGGGAUAUUCUCUAUUUACACGGGGUUGAUAUACAAUGAUAUGUUUUCGAAAUCGCUGAAUAUAUUUGGGAGCAGUUGGCGAAAUGUCUAUGAUUUGCAUACUUUGAAUUCUACCUCCAAUUUCGAUUUGGAUCCGAAAGUUGCGUAUACUGGCACGCCUUAUCCUAUGGGACUGGAUCCAGCUUGGCAGUUUGCCGGCAACAACAUAAUAUUCCUAAACUCGUUCAAGAUGAAACUGUCGAUAAUAUUCGGCGUGCUGCACAUGGCGUUCGGGGUAACAUUGAGUGUGGUAAACUUCAACUUCUUCAGGAGGCCCGAGAUGAUUCUGCUCCAGUACAUCCCGCAGGUGUUGUUCCUGCUGCUCCUGUUCUGGUACCUCUGCAUACUGAUGUUUAUGAAGUGGGUCAUGUACUCCGCUAAUGCGACAGAUUCAGCUCUGGGAACAUCUUGCGCUCCAUCAGUGUUGAUCAUCUUCAUCAACAUGAUGCUGCUCAAAGGCUCCAAUAUCAAGGAGCCGUGCAAAGCGUACAUGUACGACGGACAGGAAACCAUUCAAAAUUUCUUCCUGGCUAUCGCAUUUUUGUGUAUACCGGUCAUGCUGUUUGGGAAACCGGUGUAUCAGCUUAUGGUUGCAAGGAAAAAUAAGCGGUACCAGCAAGGCGUGGAGAGUGGUGAAGCAGCAGAGGAAGGUCACGGCGACGGUUUCGGGGAGCUGAUGAUCGUGCAGGGGAUCCACACCAUCGAGUAUGUGUUGGGCUGCGUGUCCCACACCGCCUCGUAUCUACGACUCUGGGCCUUGUCUUUGGCUCAUGCUCAACUAUCAGCAGUAUUAUGGCAGAGACUCCUGAAGAUGGGUCUGGGUGCCGGUAGCUACACCAACGCAAUCGUGCUGUACGUCAUAUUCGCGGUGUGGGCGUUCUUCACGCUGGCCAUCCUCGUGCUGAUGGAAGGAUUGUCGGCUUUCCUCCACACCUUGAGGUUGCAUUGGGUGGAGUUUAUGAGUAAGUUCUACGACGGUCAAGGCUACGCGUUCUUCCCCUUCUCCUUCUCAGCGAUCCUCGAGAACGAUGACGAGGAUGUCAAAGACAAGCCCAACCCCAACGGUGGGCCACCCGAGUGACAUUACUUCACAGGCAAAUUUCAACUCUAUGACUACGGUAACGCCUUGGAAGUGAGACGAGUUUGGCAUGCGGGACCUAUUACUUGAUGUUGUGACGGAAACUGCCUUAUUAAAUUAUAAAUUUUGUAUAAAAUGUAUGAAUCUGUAACGUAGCAACGUAAGGAUGUACUCAGUAUAUUAAUAUCGAAAUAUGGUUAAGGUUAUAUUUCGAUAUUUUUUCACUGCUUCCUUUGACCCAACUUGACCGUGUGUGGCAGGUGUAAUGAAUGCAAAUGCAUAUAGAACGCGUGCAAAAAAAAUAUUGUUUUUAUUUCAGUUUGAUCGUGUAAGUGAUACCUUUUUAAUUGCAUGGCGAUAGCACCUAACUACUUCCUUACAGAUGUGUCUCAAAAAGCUCUUCUAGUUAAUUUAGUGAUACAAAAAUAUUUUUUGUAGCAAUUAUAAAAACUAUUAAACCUCGAAAGAUUUCAAAUAACAAGAACUAGAUCAUCAUCAUCAUCAUCAUAUCAGCCCAUGGAAGUCCACUGCAGGACAUAGGCCUUUUGUAGGGACUUCCAAACAUCACUAUCCAGCGAAUCCCUGAGACUCGCUUGAUGUCAUCAGUCCACCUGGUGGGGAGUUGGUCUAGAUCUAGCUUAGUGUCUUAAAUUUUCUAAAAUCGACGAAAGUGGCGAAUAGCUUAUCGAAGAUAAUAUAGAGAAUAUAAAAUUCUGGGGCUGUGGGCAACCUCUCCUAUAUAUACCAAAAUAUAUGCUAAAGAAAGUGGUUAGGUAUCUAAAUUGGUUAUAAUUUAUUUGUUUUAGUGAUAUUAUUAUUAUUUUUAUAAGGUCGUUUUCUUUUAUUUCAUAGUUUACAAAUAUGUUAAUAAUAUAAUUCACUUAUUUAUCAACUAUUUUAAUCACCAAAGAUUUUUUGUUUAAUUUUGUUUUGGAUUUACAAACGUGUUUGUAUACUUAUAAUGAAAUUUUCUAGUGCCUUUUUAGUAUAGUUGCCAUUGAGAAGUAUUUUGUUUUAUAUACUAGAAAUAAUUUAAUGUAUAAUAAUUCUUAUAAAUACCUAUUUUUAAGAUUAUAAGCUGUAUGACAUUAUAACUA